AUGCAGCUCCUACUGCUGACCGUAGGCCUGGCACCGGUCUGUGGCCUCCCUCAGGAGGACAGCUAGGCGGAGCCCCAGGAGAGGCUGCAGGAGCUGUCUGGAAUCUGGCACCCCGCCGCCCUGGCCUCCAACAACUCGGCUCUGAUCAGGCCCGGCGGGCACUUCAUCAACACCAUUAGCGCGAAGGAUGGCAACCCGCAUGGGGAGACCCUCAUUCCGCAGGAAGGCCGGUGUGAGAAAGUCUCCCUCACAGCGUUCAAGACUGACAACAACAAAUUCAGCCUGGAGAUUUGGGGACACAGUGAUUUCUACCUGGAGGAGGUACAGCCCAAGACCUACCUGAUUCUCUACAUGAUCAACCAGUACAAUGAUGUGACCAGCCUGGUAGCCAACCUGAUGGUCCGGGACCCCAGCACACAGAAGGACUUCCUGCAGGCAUUCGAGUCCAUCUGUGAAGACCUCGGCCUGCUCAAGGAGCAGACUGUGGCUCUGGACACUGACGAUCACUGCCAGAGUUUCAGAGACUAG